UAUUCUUUAUAACAUAUUAAGUAUUUAUAUACAACAUGAGGUUGUCAUGGAGAUAACAAAUCUUGAACCAUGCUUGAUACCAGUAAUAUAAUCCCCAAUAAUAGUACAUACAUUCCAUAAAAAUAUAUAUUUUAUAAAGUUUAGCAAAUCUUGAAAUAUGUGGUGGGGAUAUAGUCAACCGUUAGAUUUACAAGCUGAAAUAACACAAAAAGAAAAUUGUGUUUUAGACAAUCUUGAAAUAUUGAUUGUAGGCGCGGGUGAUGCACGGCAUAUUAUGAAGACACUAGCUUCAUCUUAUACACAUUCUGAUCAAGCUAUCACGUAUCAUGUUAUCGAACCGACUUUGGAACAAGUUGCUAGAUCGGUGCUUUUAUUAAGCAUUUGUUUAGAAAAAGAUUUGGGACUACAGGAAGCGACGCGAUAUUAUUUGGAGAUUUUGGGUAAUACCAUUUUGAGACCAGCAACAGCUAAAUAUCUGGCGAAAUGUGCCAAACAAUUGAUCGAUAUUCCGACUCAGACCAUUGACUGUCCAUGGUUAUCGUUAGAAAAAUUUAAACAUAAGGAUAGAGAUAAUUUGGAAUCCAUUUUUAAAUUCUGGGCGCGCGCGACACGCGAAGGAGUUCCCAUUGUAAAUUAUUGGGAUCGCAGGAUUAGAAAAUUAUUGAAAACAAGGUACGAUUAUAGAGAAGGCGUUUUUGAUUGGGAUUAUUACAUGGUUUUAAAACCCAGAUGUACCACUAAUCUUACUAUACAAGAAUAUAGAUUUUGGAGAAAUAAUGGCGUAGCUUUUACAUGGCUCGAAGGUGAACCAGCUAGAAGCAAUCCGACUCUGUUAAAUAAUAUAAUACAAUGUGGACCUGGCUUUAUACAUUAUGCAUAUUUGGGAGACAUCGUAAACGGUCCCUUUUUUACUUGGGCUGCUAUUGAAAAAAAUGAAGAAAAGCUCAGGGCAACAGAUAUUGCCGAACGUGAAGUAAUGCGUGCAAUUCACGAAAUAAAAGCAAAAGAACCACUGUGUGAAGAUUAUGUCGGUGCUCACAGGGAUGCCUCAAUUCUAAAUAGCAUUAUAGUGAGCCAAAUGCCAGAUAUUGAAAUGGAAAACGAAUCGUGGAUAGAUGUUGAAAAUAAAUCUAAGCAAAAUAAAAAGAUUUCUUGGGUGGAAGUACCAAACCACAAGAUAAUUUUUUAUCCUGCAACAUCACUGGAGUCUCUCAAAUCUAAAUGCGAAUAUAUAAAUAAAUUCCAUUUGAUUUGGAUAGCGCAUAACAUGACAAAACAAUUAGCAAAUCUGGCGCCAUUGGCAUCCGCAGGUGCACCGGUGAUUGUCGAAUUGCGUAAACAUAUGGCAGACCUUCGCAAAGAGGAUCUGCAAAAUUUUACCAAAGAAUUGAAAGAAAUUGCACAAGAAAAUGGACUUCGUUCACUUUAUGACUUUGAUUCUAAUGAACAUAUUUUUGCUCGUUUUUGCAAAAAUUAAGUGAUGUUAAAUAUAUUUUAAUAAUUUAAUAUCAUUAAAUAUACAUAUUAGAUGGCAUAACAUAAAUAAGUUAGAUAGGAUAAAAUAGAGAAAUUUAGUCAAUAAACAAAAAAA